AUGCUUGAUUUUCCUGGAGGGAAAGUUAGAUUCACUUCUGAGAUAAGAUUCAUCUAUGAUACUUCAAACAUAAGGGUUCCUUGCUAUCGUAUUCUUAACGACGAUGGCGAGCUCAUGAAUCACACCAAUCAUGUUCCGGUUAGUAAAGAAUUGGAUGAGAGAAUGCAUUCUGAGAUGGUCAUUCUUCUAAUAAUGGAUAGCAUAUUCUAUGAGUUGCAUAGGCAGGGAAGAAUUUCCUUCUACCUCACUACAUCAGGAGAAGAAGCUGUUCACAUUGCGUCAGCACCUCCACUUUCUUUUCAUAAUGUCUUGCCUCAGUAUUGGGAGCCUGGAGUUCUGUUAUGGCGUGGUUACACACUGCAACAAUUUCCUCACCAAUGCUAUGGGAAUACAACUGAUUGGAAUAAAGGAAGACAAAUACCAAUACACUACGGCUCUAACAAACUCAAUUACUUCAUAUUUUCAUCGCCUAUUGCAACACAGCUUCCUCAUUUCAUCGCUUAUUCGCUUCAAAUGAACAGAAAAAGUGCUUGUGCAGUCACUUUUUGCGGGGAUGGAAGUACUAGUGAGGGAGAUUUUCAUGCUGCUAUGAACUUUGCAGCAGUAGUAGGAGGUCACAAAUACCUUUCUAGUGUCAACGGAGUUGUUCUCAAGAAUAUUGAUGCUUGCAAACAACUUUCUACCAUUACUGCAACUUCUCUUGGCCCAAAAGCUAUAAAUAAAAUGGUUAAAAUAAAUUGGGACAAGUUUCUUUUCACACAUGAUGUGGUAACGAUGAUGAAGGCUUUUGAAAUUCAGCAUCAUGCUGCCAAGAUCUUGGUUUUGGCUAGUAAGUUUCAACAAGAUGGAAUUGAGGAUGGAGAAAUUUUGGUUAUUUCUUUUGAUAGACAAUUUUUGCAACCAAAACCUUCAGCUUUCUUUAUCUUGAAGGAAUUGAGUAUCAAAUGUGGAACAUGUACAAUUUCCAUUUUUUACUCAUCUUUUUCCCUAGUCACACUAAUUCCAGAACUUGAACUUAGUGUUCAAAGAGACUUUGCUGCAGGAGUGUUGAUGCAUGAUCAAGGAAAGAGUAAUGUAGCCACAACAAUUAUGCAGUUUAAGUGUUAUUUUACAACUUUGAGGACAAGGUUGUUUUGA